GUAACCGCAAGUGCAACUGCAUCGGAUAGUAUACAUCGAUCGCGUUUGUAUCGAAGAAACCAAAGCGAUGAGGAGGUGCGAAGCAGGUGCGAUAAUCGCCUUCGUUAUCUUGAUGCAAGGCCCCGUCGAGGGAAUGUCCUUCAACAUCCUGAGGGCCAUCUUAUCACCGCCGGUCCCACGAAUUACUCGCGUCAGAAACGCGUCUCCUCGAGAGCUCAGGCUGAAGAAUUCCUUAGCGGUCUCUGACUUUCUGGGAUUGGUUAAGCAGUAUCAUUAUCCAGCCGAGGAGCACAACGUGACGACCAUAGAUGGCUACAAUCUAAGAUUCCAUAGAAUUCCUGGUAGUGCACGUUCAUCUCUAGUCGAAAAGAAGCCCGUAGUUUUCGUCCAGCAUGGCAUCUCGGCGUCGUCUGACAGUUGGGUUUUAAUGGGCCCUGGAAGGGAUUUAGUAUUUUUACUCGCAGACGCUGGCUACGACGUGUGGGUCGGCAACUUUCGAGGCAAUUCAUACUCAAGAUCUCACGUCGUUCUGAGUCCCGAAGAUCCGAAAUUUUGGCAAUUCAGUUUCCACGAAAUGGCGUACUACGAUCUUCCCGCCAUGAUAGACUACGCUCUCGAUCAUACCGGCCAAAAGAGUCUGAUCUACAUCGGACACUCCAUGGGCACGACCACCAGCUAUAUUCUGCUCUCGGAAAGACCGGAGUACAACAAUCGAUUGCGAUUGGUUGUCAGUUUCGCGCCAGUUGCUUACUGGAAGCACGGACGUACGGGAAUCCAAAAAUUGUUAGUGGAUAAUGGUGAUUUCAUCGAGCAAACGCUUCGUAACCAGGGAAUUCACGAACUAUAUCCGCAAAGCACUCUCAUCACACAACUGCUAAACUCACUGUGCAACGAAAAUGCUGCUACCCACAAAGUUUGCUUAAACGUAUACUUUAGGGUUUUUGGAUCAGAUCCCGAGCAGUUCAACACUACUCUCAUUCCGUACCUGGUGAGCUACUUUCCUGCCGGGAUGUCGCUCAAGACGCUGGCGCACUACUAUCAACACUUAUCUAGUGGUCAAUUUAGGCAGUACGAUUACGGCUACGUCGAGAAUUUCGGACGUUACCAGCAGGCCGAACCACCGGCUUACGACGUCUCCAAGAUAACAGCACCAGUUGCUCUCUUUUACGGCAGGAACGACCCCCUUUCCCGUGAAGUGGACGUUGUGGAACUGAAGAAAAGGUUGACGAACGUUGUAGCUUCGGUCGCAAUAUCUUAUCCAGCGUUCAAUCACGUUGACUUCGUAUGGGCCACCGACGCCAAACGUCUUCUGUACGACGAUACCAUAGAAUUAAUUCACCAAUACAAAUAAAAUAGGUUUCCAUUUCACGCUGCGGAUUCCCGUGGUUUCAUCACAAGUUGGACCAUAUUCUUGUAUCAACAAUAAUUAUGUCAUGACUACAUAUAAGCUUUCUGCAUCGGUUCGAAUAGGUCGCUAUUUUAAUUUUAAUUUCUCAUCGUUUAACGUGGGAACAUUCCACUUUUCUUUAAGAGAUAAAAUACUUGUAAAUUAUUAAAUAUUUUUGAAAACCAA